GUGGUCCGCCACGCAGGGGUUCCUGGGAGCUGUGGUCGGCCGCGCGCCCCUGCGCUGCGGGCUGGGCGCCGGCUUUGUCUAUCUGCGGGUGAGUGCCGCUGCGGUGAGUGAGGCCGUGGCGGGUCCGCGCCCCUGACAAGGCGGGACUGCCUCCGUCAAGCCACCGCCCCACGCCCUCUACGCGGACUCGAGCAGGCCAGGCCUGCCCAGGCCAGCGGGGAGAGGACAGCCCGCAGACGAGGUUCCCUGGGCCAGAGAUCGGGACCUGAGUCCUGGACCCGAGACGCGUUGGGUUCGGCGGAAGGAGCGAUCCGCCCGGACCGUGUGUGGCUGGGCAGAGCGAGCGGAAGGCCCCGCCACCUGCAGAAGAGGCGCGGGAACAGGCAGGGCAGCCCUUGGGGAGGUGAGGAGACCUCCCUAGUGCGGGAAGCCGGGGGUGGGGAGAAUCAGCCCGCCCGGAAGCUACUGAUCCCUGGAGCCAUCCCCAAGAAUUUCUUCACGCGCGAAGGGUGCCCCGCUCCAGCCCAGCCAUUCUGGGGACUCAAAUCUGCAGGCCGUGUCAUAGACCCCUCACCUUUGGGUCUUGUACUCUCCCGGGAACUACCUGGUGCUCAAGAAUAGCCCAUGGAAGAAUCAUCUGAAGAGGUGGUGAUUAAGGUCUCAGACAAGGAGUGGACAUGUUUGGAUUCCCAACAGCUACCCUGCUGGACUGUCAUGGGAGAUAUGCCCAGAAUGUAGCAUUUUUCAAUGUGAUGACAGAAGCCCACCACAAAUAUGAUCACUCUGAAGCCACAGGAUCCUCCAGCUGGGAUUUCCAGAAUGCUUUCAGAAGAGAGAAGCUGGAACAGAAGUCCCCAGAUUCUAAGACACUCCAGGAAGAUUCACCUGGAGUGAGACAUAAGGUUUAUGAGUGCCAGGACUGUGGCAAGUCCUUCCGGCAAAAAGGUAGCCUGACAUUACACGAGAGAAUCCACACUGGUCAAAAGCCCUUUGAGUGUACCCACUGUGGAAAAAGCUUCCGUGCCAAAGGCAAUCUUGUUACACACCAGCGAGUACACACAGGAGAGAAGCCUUAUCAGUGCAAAGAGUGUGGGAAAAGCUUUAGUCAGCGAGGUAGUCUGGCUGUCCAUGAGAGACUUCACACUGGACAGAAACCCUAUGAGUGUGCCAUUUGCCAGAGAAGCUUCAGGAAUCAAAGUAACCUUGCUGUUCAUCGAAGAGUUCACAGCGGUGAAAAGCCCUACAGAUGUGACCAGUGUGGGAAAGCCUUCAGUCAGAAAGGUAGCUUAAUUGUUCACAUCCGGGUACACACAGGCUUGAAGCCCUACGCCUGUGCCCAGUGUAGGAAAAGCUUCCACACCAGAGGGAAUUGUGUUCUGCAUGGCAAAGUCCACACAGGAGAGGCCCCCUACCUGUGCAGCCAGUGUGGAAAAAGCUUUACUCAGAGAGGGAGUCUGGCCGUGCACCAGCGAAGCUGCUCACAGAGGCUCACUCUUUGACUUUCUUCACAGGAAGUUCUCUGUAUGGAUUAAAAGAAGUUCUCUUUAAGAAUUAAGAGUGCAAAACCCUCUGCAAUCAUAUAGCCUAUCCAGUGGCAUGGAAUGAAUGGAGAAUCUUCUACAAAGACCAGUGCUGGGUAGGAUAAACUUUUCCUUUCCCCCAGAUAAAUAUGAAAAUAAAUGUCUUGUUUAUCAUUAUGUAUUUUUCAUAAUUUCUGUCAAUUUGUUUUGACCUUAUUUCUCAAGGUACCCUCAUUAAUCUAGUGCCACUCUAAAGAUUAUUCUGAAUAUAGCAGAUACAGAUUUUAAAUUUGUAGUUGAUGCCAUCAGCCUUUAAAAGUAAUUGGCCUCUUGUUAAUCCUAAGGUCCUUUACUUCCCUACAUAUUCAUAUUAAUCUUGUUUUACAUUCACGAUCAGUGAGCAAAAAGUAGGGGGGAAAUUUAAUAACUUUAAUAAUCCUCUUACUGAACUUUUCAUUAUCUAGAUAACAAAUCAUUACCCCAGUAACUUAUGCUAAACCACUCCUGUUCGUAGCAGAGGCCCUAACCUUUUCUUAUACAAGUUUCCUUUCCAAGCCUGCAAAGGUUUGGGAUUUGUAGUUUAAGAUUUUUUUUCAGUCCUCCAUUCUUAACUGGGAUAAAGAUAAUUUGCCUCUACCCAAAGAGCAGACAACUGCUAUCUGUGCAAUUUUUUUUAAAUCCCAAACCCCUGAAGUUCUAUAACAAUGCUGUCUUCUUCCUCCACAGAAUAAACUUAACUUUUUUAACCUCUAGGGGAUGAGACUUAAAGUUGAAGAAAAGUUGGUUUUGUAGGGAAAUUUCCAUUUCUUCCUUCUCUAUAACUUUUCACGCUGAGCAUUUAUAGAAGUAAAAUGAUGAACAAUGAA